AUGUGAAUCUAUAGCAAAACGUUGGCGAAAGAAAAAGUGUAUACGAUAUAUGGAAGCAGGAGAUGGAAACGAUGGUAACCAAUCAGAUGACAAUCUAGGUAGCUGCGGCAGUAUGGGCGACGCUCACACGCCCCCCGACGACGAUAACGAGAGCCUCAAUCAAUCGAUGUCCAGCCCGGGCGGCCUGUCAGCUCUGAGCAGCCUAACCAGCCCGGGCGGCAUGGUGCUGCCUAGUCCGUCGACCAGCGUGGCCAGCCCCUCCGUGAGCGUGGCUAGUCCGUACAUGCUCCAGAGCCCUUUGACGCCCCACGAGCUCUUAGAUGUCAAGGUGCCACUGCCGCCCGUCUCGCACCAACACCAGCCUACGCGAAACCCCGUUGGGACGAACCCUCACGACAUAAACAAUCCUUUGAGUGUCAACCAAUUGACGGGACAGUGCGUUAGGAACGAUAAUUCCGAUGCCAACGGUAACAAAGAGACGCGCUCGAUCAUCAGCGUCACGUAG